AUGUCCACUACGGAAUCGCGCGAUGAUGAUACGAGUCCGACCCGUCGGCCAAGGGAGAGCAGAAUUCAUAGCGUUAGUCUACCAGCUAGAACUUCAGUGCUUCCGCAACCGCCGCCCACCGGAAAUGAUAUGCCGCCGCCAAUACCACGUCGACAUUCUGCUACUCCGGCGGUAGCACCACCCCCGAUUCCGCUGAGGCCGCCGGCAAUUCCAAAGAGAAGCAAGAAUGAAAAACCUAUACCCCUGAAACCCACAACCAGGCAAGAUAAUCAAAUGAGUCGCAAGGCGAGCGAUUCUUCGUCCGCAUCGAGGAUGCUGACUGCAUGGAACAACAUAGACUCGACGAAUGAAAAACUUAUAGACUUGAGUCCAUUCAGAGAUCAAAAUCAAAAAUCUCAGGAUUAUUUAUUAAGUUACGGUGGAAAAAACGGGCAAGAAACGAGCGAACGUAAUGAUUUCGUGGUCGACUUCGAGCGAGCGAACUUUCAGGAAGGGCGUAAGCUCGCGUUAAACUCGAGCUUCGAAGAGCUACAGAAGGCCUCGUUGGAUCUCGAGAAGAGGCUUCACGAGAGAAUUAUUAAGAGCGCUGAGGCAAGAUUCGAGGACUCGAACGACCGAAUGGACACUCGUCAACGACAAGGCAUUGCUACCAUUUCGCAGCAUAAUAGACAGCAAUUGUCAAAGUUCUCGAAAGAGAAUGAAUCCAGCAGCUGCGAGGAGAAGGAAUCAAGUGAAGGCAAACCGAGGGAAGAGACGUCGUUACCGCGAAAGGAGAUCAUUCCGAAGGACGAAUCAAAGUACGCGACGAUUUUGGCAGCAAAUCGCGAGCGAAGAUCCAAGUUCGAGGAAUUACAGGCGGCUUCGAAGAAUCUCGAGAGACGUUUGCACGAAGACGACGAAUAUCGUCGACGUCAAGAGAUGCAGAUUAACAAAGACAAGCCACCCAGAUACGAGGAUCUAGAGGGUAUCCCGCAGGAACUCGACAAACGUAUCCAUGGGGAAAGGUCAGUGGAGCUGGAAGCACAGCAACAUCCAAUAACGCGAAGCAAAUACGAGAGCGACAUGGAAAGGGCCAGGAAUAUUUUGCAACAUAAUCUCAGAAAGGAGCGAGCCAACAGCGAGAAACUCGAGAAAUUGCCAAAGGCAACGCAGACCAAUCUACCGCCGCCUUUAAGCGCUAUUUGUCAGAGCCCUGUACCGAAACCUAUCAGUGUCCGACAGGACAGCAACGUUUCCUCGGAUAGUUUUAGCCAGACCAGCUCGCCCAGCUACACCAGCAAGACAAUGGAAGCACCUCUUUUGCCUCACAAGCAUGGAAAAGUCCCAGACAGAGCUUUGGUGUCGGAGCCUGAUAACUCAUCCGGCAGGCCAAUAACGAAGUCGACGAGUACACCGGCCAGUUUGCAGACCAUUGUCAGAAUGCACGGGAACAACAGUUCCUUGCAUCAUAAAAUAAUCAGAGACAUGACUAGCAGCCACUACGUGACUACGGGAAGACUACGUUUCAGAUUUAUACAGAUUCUGCUUAAUGCCGUUGCCCUGUUGGCUAUUGCUGGCGGUUUAGCCGCGUAUUUCAAAACAUAUCCCGAAAAUGGCUUCAAGUUGGAGAAUCAAACCAUGUACACAGCUAUCGUCCCGAUACCUGAAGGCGCGCCUCUAGUGACGGUGGAUAAAAAUCCAGAUCCAGGAACGUGUCUACCCAUCAUUGUGACCUUCUGUCGACAGCAUAAUGUUCCGUACAACUAUACCGUGUUCCCAAAUUACAUGGGCAAUUUCGGACAGCGAGACGCUCAGCACGAAUUGGAACUUUACGACGCCGUUGUCGAUGUCAGAUGUUACGAACUGGCGGCCCUAUUCCUGUGCAGCGUCUUCGUGCCGAAAUGCGGUAACGGCGGUCGGGUCGUACGUCCCUGUCGUGAUCUCUGCUUUCAAACCAAGAGACGCUGCGGCUUCUUUCUUAAGGUUUUUGGUUUGUCUUUGCCGGAUUAUCUGGAGUGCGAUCUCUUCCCGGAGAAACCGCAUCCCCAAGAAUGCAUCGGAUACCACGAGGUGAUCGAAGCAAAUAGAAGAGCCGACAAAGCGGUAUGCACCAGCGGUUUUCAAUGUGAUCGAAAAAGAUGCAUUCCGUUUGAUUGGCGAUGCGACGGUCACGUGGAUUGCAUCGAUCAGAGUGACGAGACCGGAUGCGGAAAGUGCAAUUCCAGUUCGUUGUCUUUGGUGUCAUCGGUAUCGGCACCUGUCAUAUUCGGCAAGAUAGUCAUGGGACCUUCGACCAAAAAUACCUCCACAAGUUCUUCGUUACCACGUUAUUGUGGCGACAAAAAAUGCAUGUCAGCCAGUCAUAUCUGUGACGGAAAUAUGGAUUGUCCUUGGGGGCAGGACGAGCGGAAUUGUCUGAGAUUGAACCCGAAACAAGGAGACUUUGGCAAGGGCCGCUUGGAGGUAUAUCAUGCUGAAAUGGGCAGAUAUAUGCCAGCAUGUAUCUCGAAUUCGGAUUUAACGGCGGACGAGAUGUGCGACAUGAUAGGAUAUACGGCCUCGAGCGAGCCCAGUAUGCUGAUGAAUAACGCGACACAGAACGUGACACAGAACGUGACACAUGAUGAAAAUUCUACUGUGCUGAAACUAUUUCAAGGCUGCAUUAAAGAGCGAGAGCCUUAUCCUAUCAUCAAGCUUAGUUGCACAGGAUACGUUUGCGGCCGCAGACAUUCCGUUCACAAAAACACAAGAGUGAAACGAAUAGUGGGUGGUGUGGAGUCAGCACCUGGCGACUGGCCGUUUCUAGCAGCUAUUCUCGGUGGACCCGAACAGAUCUUUUACUGUGCCGGAGUUCUCAUUGCCGAUCAAUGGGUUCUGACCGCGUCUCAUUGCGUAGGCAAUCAAUCGGAGGUAUCUGGUUGGACGAUACAGCUCGGUAUUACUAGAAGACUCUCUCACUCUUUUAUGGGUCAAACAUUAAAAGUGAAACGUGUGAUUUCCCAUCCGAAUUACAACUUGGGUGUCGCUCACGACAACGAUAUCGCGUUGUUCCAACUGGAAAGACCAGUUCAAUACAACGAUCAUCUGAAGCCCGUGUGUCUACCAAGUGCCACCACUGAUCUUACACCCGGUACACUCUGUACUGUCAUCGGCUGGGGCAAAAAAAAUGAUACCGAUUCAUCGGAAUAUGAACCGGCGGUGAACGAGGUCGAAGUUCCUGUUCUAAAUCGACAGAUUUGCAACAUAUGGUUAGCGCACAAAGAAUUAAACGUCACCGAUGGAAUGAUCUGCGCUGGCUAUGCGGAAGGAGGAAAGGACGCAUGUCAGGGCGAUUCCGGAGGACCUCUGUUGUGUCAGGAUAAGCAUGACGAACAGAGAUGGUUUGUCGGUGGAAUCGUCAGCUGGGGUAUAAAAUGCGCCCACCCAAAACUGCCCGGGGUCUACGCUUACGUGCCCAAAUACGUACCGUGGAUCAAAGAAGAAAUGUCAAAAUAUUCCAAGAAUGAUUAGAACAACAGAAAAACGUAAUCGAUCGAAAUAUUCAACAAAAUAUUCGGAUAAAAUUAUUGACAAUAUCGAAAUAAUUCAAAUAGAAGCACAAAGAAGAAUGCAGACUUUUGCCUGACAUUGUAGAAGGAAUCGAAAGUAAA